CCUUGGUAUUGUAUUUUAUAUAAAAAGCAAAUCAUGUCGCCUCCAAUUGUAUCAAUAGCAGGAUGAAGGCCAUCCGAGCUUUUGUCUUUUGUUUUUACUGUCCUUCAGUCUAAUUCGACAUUGGCCGUUGUCACUCCGCGGCUUUGUCUGUAGUUUAUUUGUUGUAUUUCGCCCAACGGACUGACAUGCGACGACUAUCACAACACCCUUGAGACAGGUCAUCGAGCAACAUUGCAGCUCCUCUUUGUCAAAAAGGGCAGCAAGCCAGACAUAAACAGAAUUCAAGAUCGGGCUCGACUAAACGCCGAAUAUCAUGUCAGCUCCAUUUUCAAAGGAGCGGGACGGGGCCGUCCUCAAAGAGGGUAGCGAUGAGCACGUCAACGUUGGCGACAGCGACGCAGAAAUCGCGGGUGUCGCCAAAUUCCACGUUGACGAGAAGCGCAAGCUUGGAGUUACUGGAGCAGUGUUUCUAAUUCUUAACAAGAUGAUUGGAACCGGAAUCUUCUCCACCCCCUCCAGCAUCUUUGCGGCCACCGGCUCUGUCGGUGUUUCACUGAUGCUCUGGGUCAUCGGCGGCAUCCUCACUUUUGCCGGCAUUUCAGUCUUUUUAGAGUUUGGCCUGGCCAUCCCCAGGUCUGGUGGCGAAAAGAACUAUCUCGAACGAGCGUACCGCCACCCUCGGUAUCUGGCUACGUGUGUCCUCGCCGCUCAGAUGAUUCUGCUUGGCUUUUCGUCAGGAAACUCGCUCGCCUUUGGCCGCUACGUCCUAUUCGCCGCUGGAGGUCUCGGUGAGAUCACCCCGGACAACUGGCAGGCCCGCGGCAUCGCCGUCGCCUGCGUCACCUUUGCCAUCUUGAUGCACGUAUUAUUGCCCAAGUGGGGUAUCCGCUUGUUCAACGUAUUGGGAGUCUUCAAGGUUGUCAUCCUGCUGCUCAUCGUCUUCUCUGGGUUCGCCGCGCUGGCUGGCCACAGGCUGGUCGAUGACCCGCACAACUUUGACAACGCCUUCGCCAUUGAGUCCGGAGAUGGCUACAGUGGUGGUGGUGCGUACGCAUACUCGAACGCGCUCCUUAACAUUGUCUACAGCUUCAAGGGCUGGGAGAACGCCAACUACGUCGUCGGCGAGCUGAAGAACCCGCGGAAGACGCUCGCCGUCGCUAUGCCCCUGGCCGUCGGCGGUACGACCAUCCUCUACGUUCUCGCCAACGUCGCAUACUUUGCCGCUAUCCCCAAGUCGGAGCUGGCCAAGUCCGAGGUCAUUGUGGCCGGCAUCUUCUUCCGCAACGUGUUUGGAGUUCGUGCCGGCGGCACCGCUCUGCCAGCUUUUGUCGCCCUGUCCAAUCUCGGUAACGUCCUAGCCGUCAGCUUCGCGCACGCUCGCUUGAAUCAAGAGUUCGGCAAGGAAGGUCUGCUGCCGUUUAGUCGCUUCUGGGCCUCGACCAAGCCAUUUGGUACCCCGGCAGCCGCCCUCUUCCUGCACUGGAUCGUGACGGUGAUCGUGCUGCUGGCGCCACCCGCCGGUUCGGCCUACAACUUUAUCGUCAACCUUUACACGUACCCGGGCGCCUGGAUCAACGCUUUUGUCGCUGCUGGUCUCAUCUACCUCCAGUUCAACAAGAAGGAAAACUGGUCAAGCCCCUGGCACACUUACUUGCCCAUCAGCAUCCUCUAUCUCUUGGCCAAUGCGUUCCUCGCCAUCGUGCCCUUCAUCCCGCCCGAGUCGAACUGGAACGAGGACGGAUACCCCUACUACGUCUUCCCCAUCGUCGGCGUCGGCGUUCUGCUCCUCGGUGCAGCUUACUGGGCCGUGUGGACCAAGUUGUGGCCCAAGAUUGGAGGUUACAGGAUAGAGGCUGAGAGGAUUACGGACGAGGAUGGCGAGGAGGUGAUUCGGUACCGCAAGGUGCACGUAAGGUGAUUUUUUUUCAAAUGCCUGAAUGAACGAAUCGAGGAUGGGGUUUUUUUGGGGUUGUUAAUAAAGAUGGAGAGAAGCGGCAACCUUGGUUGAGAGUAGUUAAGUUUGAUCUGAUUGUUAGAUACCCCCCAACAUUUGUUCUUGAUCAUUAUCAUUGUUGCUUCGUUUAGAUACCUUAUGCAGUCAUUGCGUUUAUGCCCGUGGACUCGGCUUGCAUGCACUCAAAAUGACAAGUAUAUAAUGUGCUAUUAAUAAAUCUACCAGACAAACCUACGAGAUAUGCCAUCGAGGCAUAGAGCGAUCUAUGUGCAACAAAAGAGAAGAAUUAAAACGUUCAUUAUGACAAUGGUCCAAACAAGAACUAGAAUAAGUCUAGCAUUGGUGACCACCACGGCCACCAACCAGGACUUCAUCGGCACCACCCCGACCACCACCCUUGACCGACUUGGGCAGCCUGUAAACCGACACCAUGGCAGCGCUCAGGGCCAGACUGCACCCGGCCGCAAAGAAGGGCAGACCCACCCAGGCGCCGCCAAGCUUGAUGCCGACGCUCAAGGCCUUGCUCAGCAGCGGACCGGCGAUGAAGGCCCCCAGCAGCUCGAGGAACGAGAUCAAGCUGUUGACCAUGGCGAGGUGGUGCUGCUCGACGAGGGUGUUGACCAGCGAUCUCAGGACGGGCGAGAAGCCGGUGCCGACGGAGAAGACGGCCAGCGACACGGCGAAGAGGGCGGGGGUCGACGACAGCGCCACGAGGAACGACCCGGCCGCCCCGAUGGCGCCCGUCCACCGCGCCAUCAG